UCUCUCUCUCUCUCUCUCUCUCUAUCCGUUUCAAUGUAUUUCUAGAGGCAAUAACACAUGCAGGGAGUAACAGGACCUACCUAGGCGAAAAUGGCAAGUAGUAAUCCAAGGUUACCUUACGAAAACGACCAUUUGCAUGUGGGCUUGGGUAAGUUGGGUACACUAAUUACUGAAGAUUCGGGUGGUGGGUUGGACUACGGAUGGCACUGUAACCAUCUAACGCGCUGCACACUGCACGCCACGCAGAUCACAGCAACAUUCGGCGCAAAAGUUCCUCCUUGCUCACAUAACCGUCCUCCCUGAACAAGUUGAUGGGGGUGCAGUGACAUUGACACGCCAUCCGAAUCGAGGAGGUGCACACUAUCACGAUAUCGAUGCCAAGAGUGCAUGAUGGACUUGUAAAGUGCAAUCAUUGCAGUCGCUCUCUUUUUGCUUCCGGAAUCCAAGGCGACGUGGCACGGUGGCAUUUCAAACAAAGUUCGAUUCAUCAGCUGCCGUAUCUAGUAGAGUUUGCUGCCCAGCAUCACUACGAAUAUGGUCCCCGACCAUCAGUAAUCAACGAGUCAACAACGAUCGAUAAGCCCGAGGCGCGUGGAAUCCACGGACGGACUCGAGUAUAGUAGUUGGAUCGAGUCGAGUCACCCGAGCGUACGGAGUCUACCGAUUACCUUAUAGUGCGUAUGAUGACUAUGCAGCGCGGUACCCGGCGCGUGACAUUUGCUGCGGUUCUCUCCCGAAAGUUACGUACGGGCCACCCGAAACCUACGCGGCGCGUGACAUUUGCUGCGGUUCUCUCCCGAAAGUUACGUACGGGCCACCCGAAACCUACGUGUGCUUGAAGUCGGGACGUCGCUUUUGCAGGAAUGCGGUCAUUCCUUCAUUGAAAUCGCCAAGGCUGAAAGUCGAGUAGUAAAGAGAUUUCUCCAUGGUCAUCCCGGCAUCAAGAUGGCUAUUCUCGACUGUAGCAGGGUUAGCGAGUCAGAACACGGGGUCCGCACAGGGGCCCGCCCCCUCGAUCCCUUGGUGGGAUCCGGAGCCACCCCGUAGUAGCGGUUUUGGAGUCGGAGCAGCCCACCUGUAAGAACGGCUUGCUUCGCAGUUUUGGUCACAGGGCCCGACAUGACCGCGAUGCGCUCAGCGAGCUUCAUGGCGGCUGGCACGACCUCUUGACGUGGGAACACCUUGUUGACCACGCCGAGACGCUCAAACUCGGCACCGCUGGCUGAGUCGCCGGUAAGGACGAACUCCAUGGCCUAUAGCUGGUCAGUUCACCGGUUUCAAGAUGAGAGCGAAGAUUUCGGCUGUUCAAGUCGGCCAGCACGAGUCAAAAAUCGGCUGGGUUUUGGCUACUCACCUUGUGCUUGCCCAGCGCACGAGCUAGACGCUGAGUGCCGCCCGCGCCUGGGAUCGUUCCGAUCUUGAUUUCUGGGAGUCCGAACGAAGCAUCUUCGGCGGCGUAGAUCAUGUCGCACUGAUCGUGAACGGUCAGCUGUUUGGGUUUUACCUCGCAGAAACAUGUGGGGGGCAACUCUUGACUUACUGCUAAAGCGAUCUCGCAACCACCGCCCAACUUGAGGCUCUCAUGUUAGCCUUGUUUCUGUGAGACAUGCGAGGCAACAUAGAAAAAGAAAAGCACAGAUGUUGGGGGGGCGGCUCCCACUUCCCAACACCACAACUUACUGCGAAACCAACCACAGCCGCGAUGAUGGGCUUGGAGAAGUUGGCAAAGGCGUCUGUGAGGUCCUUGAGAAAGGCGCGCUGGUGGGCCGCUGCCGUGGAGAUCUGCACCAGCUCAUUGAGAUCCAUCCCGGCUGCACCACAAAACGGAUUAGCCAACGUCGCGCCUCCAUUAGAUUAGAUUAGAGGGGGGGCCUGCCAGUGGAACCCUGGUGCGGAUUUUCAUGACGUUUCAGGGACUUGGAAACAAGAACGACAGCGGACAUGCCCCUGUGUAUCAAGUCCGUGGGGAAUCAGAUGGAGUUGAGAUGGCAGUUGCUUGGUCGGGAAAUCAUCGACUGCCGUGCGCGGCGCCAACGAUGAUGAGUGUGCAGAUUGCACGUGGACGGUUGAAGGAAAAGGGAAGUGAAGCCGAGAAAGAUGAGUUGAGGACAGAGUAUCCGACGACGGGGGUAAGCUUGUUGCGUCCCCCUCCAGACAUGGUUUUCUGGAGCCCAACUCUGAAAUCUGUCUCGACUGGUAUGAGAAGAAUUGCAAAACGUACCACAGAAGGGACCUUCAGGGCCACCAGUAACGACAACAGCGCGGAUGGUCUCCAGGGCGUCGAGGUGAGCCAGAGUCGAAACAAGUUCGCCGAUCAUGACCUGAGAGAAGGCAUUUCUCUUGGCUGGACGGUCAAAUCGGACCAGGGCGACGCCCUUCUCGGAGUCGACCGUCAACUUGAGAGUGGUGAGGUUCUCCAUGAUUUCUCGGGAGCCGGAGGAGUUGCCGUAUGGAUAGAGCCACAAGAAGAAGAAAAAGAGUUUGGGACUAGCGGAUCACCGGAGUGCGACGAUUGAUUAAAAAACGUGGAAACUUGGAGGUAAACCGAGGUGACUAAGGCGAGAGAGGGGGGCAGUGUUGUUGUUGAUGGCUUGUUGAAGCAGCGUGCUCAGCACAUGGCAGAGAGACAAAGAAGUCGAAAUCGUCGGAUCUUUUCUUCUCCCGGGUCUUGCUUUCUUUCUUUCCUGGGACCCUUUUCUUCUUCGCCAGCAACAACAACGCCGCACUUUAUUAGAGAAUCCCACCCGGCUAUGACCGAAUUCGGCCGAGGCGGGUGUCGACCUUGAGUAGCGUCGCAUCUUGCCUGGGGGUGGGCUCGCAGAAGAAGAACAAAACUGGCAUGAGGGUCGUUUAAGGGAGAGGGGUGGGCGGCCAAACGGUCGACAGGCAUCAUGAGCCGCGGAAGCCAGGGUUGCCCCCGGGAACGAUGUGCAGACAGGGCACCAUCCAUGGCAGAAGCAAGGCAUAACCCGCACAGGCGCCUAGCUUCCCUUCUUCCCUCCUCCUCCUCCACGAUCGCGGCACGUAAUGGAUGGCACAUGUCGACUGAUUGACAACAACUUUGUCAGCCCCCCCGGUCAUUAUCCAUCUUCAAGACGUCCGUCCUCCACUGCCGUGCCCCUUGUUACAUCCCACGGCAACGCCUCGCAAGGACCGCGAAGUGCUCCAUCGACGAGACAGAGGACGACAGCUGCCGCAUUGGGCGGAUGUGGUCCGGAUCGCUCUCCGUUUUUCCCGGAUUUGGACAACUCAUCCGGCGUGGCCCCGCCGAACCGCCAGCGGCCCUGUUACCGCGGAAUGGAGACAGUCGUUACGACAAAAUUUCUGCCCACAUCUAAAGGGGAGGAGGCGGAUUCUCGACUGCUCCAGACGCUCCCUUGGCGGCCGAGCCUGUUACGACGAAAUAUAGUCUCCCUCUACUCUUAGUCUCUACUGCGCUUGCAUCCUUGGUCGAGGAUCCGCUUCUCCGUAAAGAUACUGCAUUCGUUCAUCGAGGGAUCCUGAUCACAUCCAUAGUCUUGCAAGGUUCCUUGUAAGUGACCCCGUCUUUACUUACACUAGUUCAUCACAGAGUCGUCCGUUCUCCACACUAUCUAAAACAAUUGUCUGCAUAGCAAGGAGCUGAAAGAAGGAAGGAGUCCAGCCCUGAUAUCAUCCAUGGACCAUGCCAUGGCUGACGGGGGGGCUUCUGAGAAUAUGGAACCUUGUUUGAACACGGAGGUUGAGGCAAUCUAGGCAGGUUUUUUGGCGAAGUGACCAAAACGAAGAAUGUACUCCCCCACAAGGCCGGGCAGGGUCUGGCGCUUCUCCGUUUCUCUAGGACAUUGGCGCACAAACACACAGACGCGACGGUCCCGUGGAGGAGAUAUAUCUGGUUCCAAGUGCCCACCUCUCGAGAUGUGGUUAUGAGGUGUGUCACUGGUAGGCAACAUCAUCGCAGGGUAUCAACAUCCAGAAGCUCAUCACCAUGGCUCCCCCGCGUUCGUUACACUCUCUGGAACAGCUGUCCCUGGCGGACAGAGUUCUCUUCAACCAAUUCAGCAGAGGACCGAGCGAUGUGAUACCAUACCAAGUCGUUCACCACGCCUUCGAGUCCAUCGCGGCAGCACAUCCUGACGCCACGGCUGUGCGACACUACGAUGGCACGACUAUCACAUACCGGGAGCUCAACCGCAGGGCCAAUGUGCUCGCGAAUGAGCUGAGGGGAACAUACGGCCUCAGGAAAGGAGACCGUGUGGUGCUCGUCUACUCCCGGUGUAUCGAAAUGGUCGUCUUCAUCUUUGCCGUCCUCAAGGCGGGUGGUCAGUAUGUCCCUCUAGAUGGUGGCAUCAUCCCCGAAGACACACUCGGCUACGACAUUGUCGACUCCAACGCGCCGGUCGUGCUGUGCCUUCCCAAGUUCAGGGAGAAGGUGCUGCGCAGCGUGCCCUCCGAAAGGCGGGACCGUGUGAGGGUCGUCGACCUCGAUGCGAACAGUUGGUUGUGGACGCACGGCAACAAUGGGCACCCAGGUGUCAUUGUCAAGCCUGAAGAUGGAGCCUAUGUGAUCUACACCUCGGGCACUACUGGGCGACCCAAGGGAGUGGAUGUGAGACACGAGGGCGUUACCAACACCCUUCUAGCGGAGCCUUCCAAGCUGGGCAUCCGUGUCGGGAAGAAUGUAGCGCAACAGUUGAACGUCGGUUUCGAUAUGUGCGCGUGGGAGAUUCUCGGGACCAUGAUGAACGGCGGAACGCUUCACAUCAGAGGCAGCGGCAAUGAUCUCUGGACGGAUUGCCUGCAGCGCGUCGACACUGUCAUCGCGACGCCUUCCGUAGUCCUCAAGCACAUGCCCAGGCGCGAGGACUUCCCCAACAUCAGGACGAUCGCUGUCGGUGGUGAGCCCUGUCCACUGGCGCUCGCCGAGCAGUGGGCGCCCUACGUCAAGUUCUGGAACGUAUGCGGUCCUACCGAAAUCAGCAUUCUCAACACCGCGCAUCUUCAUAAGCCGGGAAAGACUUUGUCGAUUGGCAAGCCUAACCCAAACACUAACGUUUACGUUCUCGACGAAGAUGAGAACCCUGUCAAGAUUGGCGAACCUGGCAUCAUGUGGGCCGGCGGUCCAGGCGUUUCUAGGGGGUAUCUCAACUUGCCGGAGUUGACUGCACAAAGAUAUAAGGUCGACAAGUUCGCAAAGGACGGUCGUAUGAUGUUCAACACCGGCGACCUCGCUCGCUGGCUUGAAGACGGUAGCUUGGAGCCCCUCGGCCGCAAAGACGACCAGGUCAAGAUUUCUGGCUUCCGCGUCGAACUCGAUGGCGUCUCUCGCGCUAUUGAAAAAUGCCCUGGCGUCGUCAAGGGAUGUGCGCUGAAAAUCGACGAUCGUCUGUGGGGCUUCUACUCUGCCCCUGCGCCGAUCGACGAAGCUCAGCUGAAGACUGUCGUCGGCGAGGGCCAACCGUUCUACGCUGUCCCGACCGUCUGGAAGUACCUCACCCUGAUCGAGCUAACCCCCAACGGCAAGGUCGACAAGCGGGCCCUCCGCGAUAUCGCCGCUGGUGGUGCCGCCCAGGCUCCGCCGCCGCUGCCUCUGGCAGAUAUCCCGACAGGCAUGUCGACGCCCCAGCAAUCGUCCAGCGCCUCGUCCGUCAAGACGGCCGUCAGCCCUACCAGCGAAGGUGGCUUCACGCUCGUGGACUCUCGCACAUUCACCGUCGUCGAUUCCCAGCAAAGGGACAUCGACUUGGAGAAGACGGCCGCGUUCGUCGAGGAAGCGGCCGAGAAGGAGGAAGAAGACUACGAACUUCCUUCCAAGAAGGGCUUCCACGGCUGGAGAUGGAUCCGCCACCGCGGACUCAACGCCUACCGCAAGCUCUUUGGCGUCAUCUUCCUCUCCAACCUCGCCGUCUUCGUGUGGAUGCUGUACGAGAGCCGCAACAGCAACUUCUCCCUACCCCUGAACCACCUGGCCACCGCCGUCGCCGCCAACCUCCUCGGCGCCGUUCUCCUGCGCCAGGAAUACGUCGUCAACUUCAUCUUCUGGGCGUGCUCCCGCGUGCCCACCUCCAUGCCACUUUCCAUCCGCAGACACUUUGCGCGUGUCUACCACAAUGGCGGCGUCCACUCGGGCUGCGCCGUCUCCGCCACCGUGUGGUGGGUCAUCUUCACAGGCGCCGCAACCGGCAACUUCAUCGCGCCUCAGUCCCUCUACUCCGUCAACCUCAUCACCCUUGUCCUAACCUAUCUCAUCCUCAUCCUCCUCGUCAUGAUCCUCGUCAUGGCCUACCCCUCCAUCCGCGCCAAGAUGCACGAUCAAUUCGAGUGGACGCACCGCUUCGCCGGCUGGUCGGCCCUCGCCCUCGUAUGGGCUCACGUCAUCGCUACCGCGGCCUCCAUGUCCGCCGAGCCCCUCGGCCCGGCCCUGGCUAAGACACCGGCGCUCUACCUCGUGGCUCUCACAUCCUUCAGCAUCGCCCUCCCCUGGAUGCGCCUUCGCCGCGUAAAGGUCGUCCCGGAGCCUCUCUCCAAGCACGCUGUUCGUCUGCACUUUGACUUCUGCACCCCGGGGCCAUGCACCUCACGCGGCGUCCGCAUCACCGACAGACCCAUGGUCGAGUGGCACGCCUUCGCGGCCAUCCCGGAGCCGAGCGGAAAGGGCUUCUCCAUCGUCGUCUCCAAGGCCGGCGACUGGACCAAGCGUAUCAUCGAGAACCCGCCGACCUCGAUCUGGACCCGUGGCACACCUGCCUCAGGCGUCCUCGCCGUCGCUCCGCUCUUCAAGAAGAUGGUCCUCGUGGCCACGGGUUCUGGUAUCGGUCCCUGUCUGCCGGUCCUCAUGGAGCGCCGGGUCCCCGCGCGCGUCGUCUGGUCGACCAAGAACCCGCUCAAGACGUACGGGCAGGGUGUCAUGGACCUGAUUCUCAAGGCGGACCCGGACGCGCUGAUUUGGGAUACGGACGAGCGUGGCCGGCCUGAUUUGGUGCAGUUGGCGUAUAAUGUAUAUAAAGAGAGCGGAGCCGAGUGCGUUGCGAUUAUUUCCAACGGGCCUACUGUGAAUAAGUUUGUGUAUCGGAUGGAGGCGAGAGGGAUUCCUGCAUUUGGUCCCAUUUGGGACUCAUGAGCGUUGUUCUCCGACUUCCAAUUUUCUUAGUGUCGUGUUGUUUCUUGGGCGGGA